UGACUGUGGCGGAGCAGCAUCUGCACCCGGCAUGGCCUGAACGUGCUGCAACAUGUGAGAGACUCCCAUCCCUGAAGACUGUGGACUAGCAACUCAUCCUACUCUCAACUUUUCCUAUGUGUGCUCAAACCCAGCGGCUGGUUUCCAGGUGAACUGGUCCCUGAUGUGACAUUAUGGCAGCAACAGUGACAGAUGCUAAGAAACCACUGGAGCGGAGGAGCAGCUUUGAAAUGGUGCCACCAGACAUGUCUGAGCUGAGGGUCAUUUUGCUGGGAAACAGCUGGUCUGAGAGCAGCUCAGUGGGGAACUUCAUACUAGGAGCGAUUGUGUUCAGCACUGAGGAAGAACCAGACUGCUGUCUGAGAAUUAGAGGACAGUUGAAAGACAAAAAGAUAGUUUUGAUCAGCACCCCAGACCUGCUGCAUCCUGACAUCUCUGAAGACAAACUGACAGAACAUUUGAAAAACUGUGUGAGACUCUCUGAUCCUGGACCUCAUGUGUUCCUGCUGGUUCUGCAGCCUGAAAACUUCACUGAGGAACAAAAACUGAGACUCUGCAGAGUCCUGAAACUCUUCAGUGAUCAAUCAUUUGAUCAUUCAUUGAUCCUGAUAUCACCACCCAGAGAGGAGAGUUCAGGUUUCACAGACAAAGAUGAACCAGAGCAGCCCUUAAAAGACCUGAUCAAGAAAUGUAGAUACAGACACCUGAAGCAGAAGAACCUCGAACGUUCAGAGCUGUUAACACGUUUGGGUCAAACUGCAAAGGAGAACUCUGGAGAGCAUGUGAGCUGUGAUCUGUCUGAGGAUGCAGGUUUGAUAAUGAAACCAGAGUCUGAGCCCAUGAGACCAGCUUUAAACCUGGUUCUGUGUGGGAGGACAGGAGCAGGGAAGACUUCAGCAGCCAAGGCCAUUUUAGGUCAGACAGAGCUUCAUCCAGAGAGUGUUAAACAUCAGGGAGAGGUGUGUGGACGUCCAGUGUCCCUGGUGGAGCUGCCUGCCUUGUAUGGAAAACCUCAGGAGGCAGUGAUGGAGGAAUCAUUCAGGUGUGUGUCCCUCUGUGAUCCUGAGGGCGUCCACGCCUUCAUCCUGGUCCUACCUGUGGGUCCCCUCACCGAUGAAGACAAGGGAGAGUUAGAGACCAUCCAGGACACGUUCAGCUCUCGAGUCAAUGACUUCACCUUGAUUCUGUUCACUGUGGAGUCAGAUCCUGCAGCUCCAGCUGUUGUUAACUUUGUAAAGAAAAGCAGAGACAUCCAGGAGCUCUGUGAGAGCUGUGGAGGAAGAUAUGUUGUUCUCAACAUCAAGGACCAGCAGCAGAUCCCAGAGCUGCUGGAUGCUGUGGAAAAGAUGAAACUGAGACCCAAUGAAGACGAACCACACGGCUACACAACAGAAACAUACGCACAUGCUCAAAGAGAGAAAAUCAUACAACAAGGGCAAAUUAUCAGCAUGCAACAAAGUGAACUUGAGAGGCUGAGACAGAAGAACAAAACCACGUGUGAUGCUGAGAAGCAGAGCUCAGAGUGUCUCAGGAUUGUGAUGAUCGGGAAGACCGGCUGUGGAAAGAGCUCUUCAGGAAACACCAUUCUGGGAAGAAAGGAGUUUAAAGCUGAAUCAAGCCAAAAAUCAGUCACCAAACUUUGUCAGAAAGAACAGACUGAGGUGGACGGUCGUCCUGUUGUUGUGGUCGACACUCCUGGUCUGUUUGACACAACUUUGUCCCAUGAAGAGGUUAAUGAGGAGAUGGUGAAAUGCAUCAGUCUUCUGGCUCCAGGACCACAUGUCUUCCUGUUGGUGUUACAAAUCGGCAGACUCACACCAGAAGAGAAGGAGACACUAAAACUGAUCGAAAAAGGUUUUGGGAAGAAUUCUGAAAACUUCACAAUCAUUCUUUUCACAAGAGGAGAUUCACUGGAAAAUGACGAAGUGUCCAUUGAAGAAUACAUAGAAAAGAAAUGUGACGAUUCCUUUAAGAAGCUGAUUGCUGACUGUGGAGGAAGAUACCAUGUGUUCAAUAACUAUGAUAAACACAACCGCACACAAGUCAGAGAGCUGAUAACCAAGAUUGACACGUUGGUGAAGGUAAAUGGAGGCAGCUGCUACACGAAUGAGAUGCUGCAAGAGGCCGAAGCAGCUAUAAAGAAAGAAGUAGAGAGGAUCCUAAAGGAGAAGGAGGAGGAGAUGCAGAGAGAGAGGGAGGAACUGGGAAGAAAACAUGAGGAAGAAAUGCAAGAGAUGAAAAGAAAAAUGGAUGAACAGAGAGCAGAAAUUCAAGAGGAGAGAAAACUGAGAGAAAAACUACUUGAAGAAAAGGAGGAAAACAUCAACAAGGAGCGUGAGGAGAGAAGGAAGGAACGGGAAAAGAGAGAAGAAGAAGACAAUAAGAGAAAACAACAGGAGGACAUAGAGCGGCAGGAGUGGGAACAAAAAGUUGAAGCUUUGGAGCGACAAAUAAGAUCCGAAUCAGAGUCGAAAGAAACCAUCGACAGAAAGCUGGCAGAGAGCAGAGAGGAGAUGAGGAAAGAACGAGAGAACCGGGAGAAGGAAAGAAAAGGAUGGUGGGACAAACGAUAUCAAGAAGAUGAACAGAGACAACAAGAGGAACAAACAAGACUGAAAAAGCUCCAAGAAGAAUAUGAGCAGGAAAAAGAAAAGUUUGAAAACAAAACAAAAGCAGAUGAAAUCAGAAGGGAACAACAGGAGAAGAAGCUGAAAGAGCUGGAGGAAAACUAUAAUCUGAAACUGGAGGAAAUGAAGAAAAAGUAUGAGGAGGAGGCCAGAUGUAAAGCCGAAGAGUUCAAUGAAUUCAGAGAGAACAAGGAAAGAGACUUUGCAGCUCUGAUCGAAACACACUUAAAAGAAGUGAUGGACCUGAAGGAACAGCAGGAGAAAGACAUGAGGAGGAAGCAGGAGGAAUACGACGCCCUGAUGGAGCUGUCAACUCACAAAGAAAAAAGUCUGAAACGAACUAUGGAUGAACUGCAGGACAAACACAAACAAGAAAUGACUGACGUGGUGCUGCUGAUUCUGACCCAAAAGAAAGAAAACAGAGAAAAAAUAAAGGCAAUGCAGGAAACCCAAAGAAAGGAGGUGGAGAACCUUAAAAAAGAUCUCUCAGCCCAAAACAAAAGAGAGGAGAAGAAACGCAUUAAAACAUUAAAAGAAAAGCACAAUCAAGAAAUGCAAACCCUGGAGAAGAAACUUUCAACCAAGGACAAGGUUGAUCGGGAAAUGCAGAGGGGUGAACUGUCCAUCAGGCAUGAACAACAAAUCAGUGAGCUAAAACUGGAAUUGCUGACGCAGCACAAACAACAUCAGAAGAAACUGCUGCAUGAAUUACAGAAACAACAUGAGCAAAAACUGGAUGAAUUCAAACAGAAACUUCUAGAGAACAAUAAAAUGAAUGAGAGGGCGAAAAUAGACGAACUGCUCUGGAAUCACCAACAAGAAAUGGAGGCGCUGAGACAACUGAUGACGAAAGAGGGAGAGAGUCAGCAGGAAGAACUGGAUGAACUGCAGAAAAAACACCAAGAAGAAAUGAACAAGCUGAAGGAGAAACUUUUGACCACAGAGGCGGGUGGGGGAUGGGGCUGCACUUUGCUAUGAGAUUUUGUAUUUUUGUGCCAAAAAUAGGGCGUGUCCCAACAGCAGCCUCGUUUCAACCUCUGCCUGUUCGUAUUGACCAGGUGUGCUUUUUUUCAGCAAUGUGUCGACUGAACUAUUAAGAACAACCAAUUUAAAUAUUUUAGUCGAGUACACUCCUGGUGCCAAGUUGGAUUUCUUCUUAAUGUUCGUGCUUGUUUAUUGCCCGCUGUGUUAAAUGAGGUGUGUCAGCCUCUGCGCCCGCUGGUCUGAGUGGGUUCAUGAGAGGAAACAUUAUUAGUAUACGGCCCUUUAGUAUUAACGUUUCCCCUCCGUUGUUUUUGUUCAGCACUUAUAUGAAAGAUGUUUGGUCUCUGUGGUAUUUGUCCCUCUGCCAGUGUGAUUGGACAGCAGGGUCAAAAGAGACUGAUGUGCAGCAUUUUACUGAAAAUCGAACAAUGUUAAGCUCUUUGCACUUAGGGGGAAAAAAAAGGGCAAACUUGUUGCGCUCAGCGCAGUAUACACGUUAAUAACGUUAAUAUGCUGAUCGCUCAUCGCAAAGAAUUCAUAAAACAUGCGGGACUUAGAAAAAAUGCUUUGGUGGACCCAAAAGUUGCCCAUCAAGGUCCCUGGAUCAUAAGUGAGUGUAUGUUGGUGCACUACACAUUGUUGCAGCCGACUUUAAGAAAAAAAAAAAAGAUAUAAUGUUUUAAUAAAUCAGGAGAUCAGAAUUUUCUUUUUGUUUAUUAAUAAUUAUGUUACCUGGUCUCAUCACUGCCUCCUGGCUUAAUCCGCUGCACGUUUGCUAAACCAGGAUGAGGACCGAGACUCGGCCUGGAGACCUGAAACCUCCUGGCUUAAUCCACUCUCUAGGUUUUGUGCAUGUGUUUGUAUUUGCUCUUUUUCCCAAGUGUUAACUUUUUUGAGUAUUUAGAUUUAUACUUUACUAUUAUUACCUUUCAUGUUUGUACCAUGUCUUAUGUCCUGUACGGUGCCAGUUUCUACUUCGUGUUUACUCCGUAUGUAUCGUUCGUUCAGCACCAGGAACGCUCACUUACGUUCCUUUAUGUUAUGUACUGAACUAAAUAAUCGAUGAAAGCCAGUAAAGUCUCUCUUAUCUCCAAUGCCAUGACAGUAUUGUGGUUUUGGUUUUGCUUGUACAAAAACACAUAGUAUACGGUUCUUAAAACGUUUUGAGAAUAGUACAGUGCAAACAAUUUUUUAGCAACAUUUUCAGCAGCAAGUUUCAUUUUGGUUCCCAGAAUGUUCUGAAAGUUACGGAAAUAUACUUUUGAAACAUCAGAAAAUGUUUUUCUUUUUUUUUUUGUUAACAUAUCACAUUAAAUUGUCAUUCUAAAAAAUGACCUGUAAUCUUAUCAACAUGUGUUAUUUUGUAACAUUGUGGGAACGUUUUAUAAAAGAACAUGAUCUGAUCCGUCACCUCUCAGCAUCACCAAAACAUCCUCAGGAUGUUGCAGAUAAAACGUUCAUAUUAGUCAGCAUUUAACCUUAAAGGAACAUUAUUUGAAAUGAUAAACGUUCUUAAAACGUUCUUUGAACAUUAGAUUAAAAUGCUUUCUUAAAACGUUAGUACAGCUUGUAGGUAACUUUAACCAAAGUUUUGGGAACGUUCUGUCUUUCCUUUUUUUACAUUCUCUGUUGUGAUAUUAGAGAGUUUUUCAGCAACUUUAAGGUUAUUUUGAGAACCACGUCUCAGCUUUUAAUCAACAUUCAUGAGUCCUAAAAAGUUCUCAAAAAAGUAAAUCUAACUGUAUGACUGAGAUCUGAGGUGUUUUCUGCCUGAUUUCCUGUCUCAGUCCAGCAGGUGGCGCUGUAACAAACCCUGAUGCCUGCAGUCUGAUUCCUGACCUGACAUUUGUGUCUUUUAUUUUUAUGUGAGGCAUCUUUUCUGUUCAUUUUUGUGUAAUUUGAUGCAUUUAAACGCUGGCUGAUGUUAAAUGUGGACCGAAUGACUUUUAGCUGUCAUGCCUUUUCGGUGGAGCGAAAACAUAAUGUAGAGUUUUGUCUUCAGUGUGAUGGUGUCUGUUCAAAUCGUCCUCAUCAGGAAAUACUCUGAACAUUUAACAGACUGAACCACAACGGCUGAAAUAAACAGCCCAAAAUGUCGCUUUGUAGAGUCUACUGAUGCACUGUGUGAGUAUGAAAGAGUGAAAUUAAAAAAUAUAUAC